AUGUGGCCUGUCGCAUGGACCUUUGUCCACUGUGGUUUAUCAACGCGUCACAGAUUCCUUCAAGAGUCUCUCGAACCCCAACCACCACCAUUAGCAAGACCAUAUGAAAUAUGCCCUGUUGCUCUCCUCAACUUUGAGGUACUCCCGUUCCCCGCCCGUGCCCUCGACUCCGAUAUUAUCCCCGAAGAGGAGAUGCACACUCUCUUGGAUUAUGGGUGCUUGAAUGAAGAACGGCAUCCCAGAGGUGCGAUGGGUGUCAUGUUCUCGCGACCCCAUAAGGCAAAGAAGACAAGGUUCAAUAGAUCGUUCCCAGACGCUUGGAACAUUAAAGGCCUGGCGGCCUUUGCGAAUGAUCUCCAGCCUGCCAAAAACGUUCUAAAAUCUACUAUUGCGCCUACUCUACCCCAACGGACACGCGUGUUUAGCCGUCCCCCGACUCGCAAUGUGCCAGUGGCACCUCAAAUUUGCAAUGCCACCAAACCCUCUCCAUCACCACGCUCCAUCGAGCAUCGUCGUCUCCGACCUCGCGCCGCAUUAAGACCUUCACGCCGCAUGAACGAAAUUUAAUUUCCCGUGUAUAUUGCAUGCGAACUAUAUAGUAUGGAGCUGAUGAAGACGAUCCUCGUGACAGAGUGGUCAAUUGUACCAAUUCAAGUUUUCUUUUUUUUAGGAUACUGUGUCAUUUACCUUGGUCAUUAGAAGGAAAGAAAAGUGAUACAGGUUGUACUUGAUUUUGAAUAUGCGGCUCACAUCGUUUGUAUAAGUAGUUACUAUCGGAUUCGUACUGUUUGAAUUCGAGGAUUUGCAGGGAUUU